UUUGGAUGCACGACGGACGGACACAAUAAUCCCCUGUGGGCUGGUGGUGUCACCAGGAGGUUCCUUCCAGUAACGUUAACGUGGGUUGCCAUGGGCAACACUGUCUAAUACAGCGACGUCAUCACGCAAAUGCAACGUCAUUGACGGCCACAACGACAACAAUAAUACGGCAUUGUAAUUCGCGAUCAUCUUCGAAAACAAAAACCGAAUGUAUUUUAAUCGUCUCUCUGACGUCCUUUUUUUUUGGUCGCCCACAAAAAAAAUGUUUUAAAAAAAUCAUCGGCGAAAUGAAACCGAAACGUGACGAAUGGGGAAGCCGGAAUGAGGAGGGCUGGUGUCUGACCGAUGUUGAAAUUGCUCUGCUCCACUUCUAAAAGUGAUUAUCUCAGAGCCUUUGCCGAAACUCCGACAUUCAACGAAACAACCACCGCUUUAAAGUAUCGUAGUCCGCGCGUGUCGACGAUGGCUCGUCUUCGCGGUUCUGUUUUAUGUUUAGUUUUUACGUUCAUUCUGACGGGAGUAUCGCCGUGAGGCCUAGUGGACACGAGUGGACACCGGUCUCGGCUAGUUGCCAUGCCGGGCUUGAGGGUGUUCGGCCGGCGCUGGGGGGUGGCAAGCGACGACCUCGUCUUCCCGGGCUCCUUCGAGUUCUUCGUGCGAGCGAUAUGGUGGAUCGUGAUGCUGGUGCUGUACACGGGGCAGCGCACCGAGCUGAGCCACUGCGAGGGGGGAGCCACGCUGAGCACCUUCCUGCUCGGCAACAUCAUCAUCCUCCUGGCCGUGCUGCUCGUGCUUGCGUGCGUCGUGUACACCAGCAUGCAGGGAACCAUCAGCCUUCCGUACAAGCGGCGACGCAUGCCGAGCCUGGUGUACGCACGCACGCUGCUGUACGCACCCGAGCUCGUGUGGACGGUGCUGGGCUCCACGUGGAGCGUGCGGUUGCGGUCUGUCGCCGACUGCGGCGACGAAGCGCUCACCGCCAUGAAGGGAGCCGUCGCCACCAGCUGGAUCAUCAUGCUGGCCACGCUGGUCACGGUGGCGCUGGCGUUUGACCCGCUGGGUGGCCACAGCGAGGCGAGCGGUGGCGGCGAUGGCGGUGGCGCCGACUCGAUGCGGCUGCUGUGUGCAGCGCGUGGCACGGCGCGGCGCGUGUGGGAGACGCGCGUGCGGCUCCUGUGCUGUUGGCUCGGGGAUGAGGAGCAUGGUGGGGCCUUCUCCGAGAUCGCGCGCGUGCUCAGCGACUUCUUCUUGGACACGGACCUCGUGGCCAGCGACAUCGCGGCAGGGCUGUCCCUGCUUCACCAGCAGCAGGACCGGCAUGGCCCACGUGAGGUCAUCACUGAAGGGCCUCUCUCGCUCAUAGCCCACCCGCAGGAGAGCCUGAGUGUGGAGCUGGACAGCGCCGCUCACUACGCAAAAUUUGCGUGGGCGGCCUAUGGUUGGCCCAUGUAUGUCCUCCAGAAUCCACUCUCCGGCCUCUCCGUGUUCUUCGAGAACUGCAGCUGUAGGCGUGGAGGACAGCAGAGCGCCGAGUAUUCGUUGGUCGGCGGUGGCGAUGGCGGUGACGGUCGCAACAUCGCGACUGUGCUGCGCGUCACGGGCCUCUGCAGGAGCGACCUCAUCCACGUCAGCUUCCACAACGCGGUUUACCAGAUCCCGUUCUUCGUGGCGCUCGAUCACGACAUGCAGGCCGUGGUGGUGUCCGUGCGGGGCACGCUGUCGCUGAGGGACGUCUUGACAGAUCUCUCGGCCGACUGCGAGAGCAUGCAAGUGGACGGCCUACAGCAGGACUGCUACGCGCACAAGGGCAUGAUUCAAGCGGCCACAUUCAUUCACCAGAGAUUGGUCAAUGACGGCAUCCUGAAUGAAGCGUUUCAGCAUGCACAGGACUACCACCUGGUCGUGACGGGGCACAGCAUGGGCGGUGGGGUGGCUGUGCUGCUCUCCAUCCUGCUACGGUGCGCCUACCCCCGGCUGAGGUGCUACGCCUUCUCACCACCCGGCGGACUUCUCAGUCAAACACUGGCUCACUACACCCGCGAGUUCGUCCUCUCAGUAGUCGUGGGCAAGGACGUGGUGGCCAGACUCAGCCUGUCGAACAUGGAGGACCUCAAGCAGAGCAUCAUUCAGAUCAUCUCUGCCAGCAAUCGGCCGAAGUACCAGAUCCUGCUGCUCGGCUGCUGCUACGAGGUGUGUGGCGUGAGCUCGGGCACGGCGGACGAGGAGUCGGAGGUGCAGCGCACGAGGCUGCUGCAGCCGCUGCUGUCCACCGGCGACCUCAGCGAGGACCAGCAGCCCAUGGUGUGCACGGCAUGGGUGCCGCCGCCCGACUUCACCCUCUCGCUGGCGCCCUCCUCCGGGACCGACCUGGCUGACGGGCCGCCGGCGUCGGUGUCGCUGGCGGGCGAAGCGUCGUUCAUCGCUCAGCAGCAGCAGCUCUUCCUGCCCGGACGCAUCCUGCACCUCGUCGACGACGAUGAGGAGAGGGGAGCAUCCACCGGCUGGAGUUGCGUCGGGGGAGCGCGGCGCUUCCACGCCUGCUGGGAGGACCCCUCGGCCUUCCGCACCCUCCUCAUCAGCCCCCGCAUGUUCACCGACCACACGCCGCACGCCAUCGCGCACGCUCUGCGCCAGCUCACCAGACCCGCUCCCGACCACCGCCCCGCGACGCCCAGCGGCAUCGCGUGACGACGGUCGGUGCCGCACGAUGAUCUGAGGAGUUUCGAGGUCCCCGAAGCGCGGGCGGGGGAAAAACCUACGGCCAGUGGGCCGGAAGCGGGCCAAGGUCUUCAUUUCAUACGGCCCGUGGUGGCCGUGGCCACAGGAGGUCUACCACUUGGAAACGGCCUGUGAAUCCGUCGCUGCAAGCAUCUUGGCGUCAUCACCGGUGGCACUGGAGUGGGAAUAUCAUCUCGCUUCCAACGGCACAUAUGCUUCUGAUUUUCACGCUCUCGCUCACUUCUGUCGCUGCAAUGGCCUCCUGAUGCUCGGCCGACGCGCGUAUUCGGUUCGCUGUUCUGUAAUCCCACCAGACCGCACCACGAAAGGAUAAUUCUGUCCGUCUUCUUCCGAACUGUGGCCUGGCAUCUACACGUCCAUGAUAGGGUAAAGCAUCGCAUUAGUGCGGUAAAGAUGAGCUGUAAUUAAUGUUUGCGUUAUUGUGGGUUGACUCCGAGGUGUGCGUGGUUAACGUGUGGUUCCCCCCCACGAAAUGCGUUCGAAAUUCCUCUUCGCUCCUUGGUAAGGAAAAACGGUUCCCCGCCCCUGCCCUGUGCGUGCUUUACGCGCUCACCAAUCUUCCUGUCGAUCACGCGUACACGAACACGUGCAGCCCUUUGUCAGUCCGCGGCUGGACGUCGCUUGGGUCGUGAGCGUUAUUUGACCUUACUUCACCACGCUUGGCAGUGGAUGUGAGGGCAUGAAGUUUGCAGCACUGCCCUCUACUGCCCAGCACAAAUCCUAGAACGCCCAUCCACGCACCCUCCAGGCUCACUCCAGCGUAGCUUACGAGUUUAUUUGAUCAGUAGGCCCUUUCUAUCACGUCCCAAAUUACCCUUCUCCAACGUCUUCCCCUAGGUGUAAUUUUAAGAUUGUAUGCAAAGCCCUUUGAGAUGUUUCGGCAUUCAACCACUGAAGAAUUGUAAAUGCGUAUUCGUCGUCUUGUAGAGCCACACCUAGGACUGUAGUGCCAGACUGUCUGGCACGAGUUUGAACUUUGUUAAGUAUAAACAAUGCUGAUAAAAGUGACUUUCAGGCACGCUUCUGAAGUCACUGCAGUGACGUAUUGUAAAGUACAGGAACGGUGCCAUGGUGAUGUCACCAACGUGUUUGUGGAAAUUACUUUGAAGUGUUGUUUUUUUCUCAUUAACAAAGAUUCAAAUUCGCGCUGGAUUUAUACUCGGUGAUUAACAAUCCAUCGAUUCAUUGAGUAACAAUCCAUUGAGUAACAAGCCAUCGAUUCAUUGAUUAACGUCAGUUCGUAUGUGCGUUGAAUGGCAUGCGUGAAAAUCAACGCUCCUCAAUUCACGCGAGAUUAUGUGCAAAAUGAAUGUUUCGUUUAGGCUUUUAAAUAAUAAUAAUUCCCUGGGAUUUGGGCGUCGCUGGGGAUCCAGCAUUCAUUACCCAUCCCGAGUUGCGCUGAGGAGUCGGCGGUGGCUGGGCGUUCUCCUUGAGGUUCUGCAGCCCUUUGUGGCGGGGGUGCUGUCCCCACAAUGCUGUCGGCAAGAAUGUACAAAUAAUGAAGCAAACAACAACGUACGUCGGAUUGGAAAAAAAAUAUAUGCAAACUGAGACAGCGAAAAUGAUACGCGAAGAUGUUCUUCAGACUGAGAAGCUUUCACUUAGACUGGAGGAGGAAUCCGAUGAGCUAUGAAGCUCUUUUUCAGCAGUGUCCAGUAGGGGCACGGGGUCAUAAAGUUCCAACAACAAUAGAAAACAACGAUAUGAGUGCAAAGUAGAGAAAAGGCAAGCAAGUCACUAAAAAUAAAUGAAUUGAAAUGUAUUAAGUAUAUAAAUACAAACUGCAUAAUUACAUACAUUCCGGCCGAUAAAUUGCAGCUCCUGAAUUUCGACGAUUCGGGGCAUUUCUAGGGCAUGAAUCUACUGCUAUUGCUGGACCCCCUACUAACGACGCGAUGAGAGCUGCUGGUUCUUUGGUUGCAUCUUUUCGUUUGACGCGAGCCAUUGCUUUAGUGACGACGAUGUUGCCACCACCACGCCGGUAAUCCGGAGGGCUGGCGGCAGCGGUUGCAUGCCAUCACGUCAGACGCCCAUCUGCAGGCCAACGUGGUUGCGGCUAGCGUGGGUGGCAAUACAGCAGGUGGGUUUCUGAAGAGCGAAGCCCGUUUGCCAAAAUACUCAAGCCGACCGACCAAUCGUCCAAUGCAGGAGCUUCCUGAAAGGAGUCGAGGGCUUGAGCGAGACGCUUUUGGGGUAAAUAAAUAAUGAACAUUUUUACAACGUUGUGCCAUCUGUUUCGCGGCUAGCAGUGAAUGAUAAUUCAAGCGCUUGCAGUGUUUUUUUUUUGAUAAUCAAAAUAACAUUAAUCGUAAUCUCACCUGGAUUAAUAAAGGAUACGAAUCAGUCAAUAUGAUUACAAAUGCAUUGCACUUAUUGUAUUUUUUUAAAUGUGUGUGCGUAUAAUAUAAAUGUAUAUAUGUACAAUGCCCGUUGGCAAUUAUUAUCACCGCCGUGUGUGUUAUAUCGUGCGGAUGCGUCGAUUAUCUUUUCGCAAUUGUUGACCAAUUUUCAGGGCAACAAAAUUUACAUUACGAUUAUUUUAUCAAUCCUAUGAAUAUUUUUUUUUUUAAAUCGGGCUGCGCGUCCCUGCGGUGAAGAUGACUCGUCCGCAGUGUGGUAUGCCACAAGUACAUAUAAUGGUGAAGUAUCGGCUCGGCCCAUCAUGACUCCGGUGUGGGUAAAACAUUUUGAGAGAAUAAUCUCCAUCAUGGCAAUGCGGAAUUUCCACCACUGGCUCGGCUAUAAUUAGAAAAUAGCACGAACUGGUAGACACUUUUACAGUAAAUUUGGCCAUUCACGUAAUCAUAAUUUCCAUACCCCUUGAACCCGGAUUUAUGAUUUGCCAACUGUAUCUUCAACGUGAAUUACUUUACAUGUGGUCGAAUUUAAAUAGAAGGUUGUGUUUGAGGUCACAGACAAAGUACAAAGAGUAUGAAAGUACAAAACGUUGCUUUAAUCUGUUGAUAAAUAACAACUGUGUUUGAUAGCCCAUGGAUCUCAUUGGGUUUGUCAGUCUCCAAUCAAUGAUCGCACCCAUUUUUACGUGAAAAUAAAACUGGUUUCGAAGCAACUCGUGUGCCUUAUCCAGCCCCCGUAGAACUAGAUGCAUCUUAAAAGAUUUACUUCAAAAAACAUUGCAUGAAAUAACUCUCUUCGGGUUGUAGGUGUUAAUUGGUCGAAAAAAAUCUCGGCCAGAAUAGUUGCACAUAACCGGCUUUAGUUUCACGUGAAAAAGGGCGGCUGACUCCUUGGAGUAUUUCGGUGCGAUUAUACUCCACUAUAAGCUAAACUUUUUUUUUACAUGGUAAGGCCCCAGUGAGCUUAUAUAGCGCAUUUUCAGAAGCGACCUGGUCACACGUGAUAGCUCGACUAAAUGUGGAGGGAACAACCUGGAGAAAAUCCACGCGACCGCGGGGAGAAUAAGCAAACUACAAAUAUACAGCAGCAGGCGUCAGGGUCGGGAUCGAACCCACGAUCUCUUUUAUUCCAGGCGAGGUAGUUAAGGUCUCUCCACCGCGGCGCACAGAUUCACACCCGGCCUAAGUGGCCCACCGCCAACUUGUGAAUUGCACCCUAUGUGCCCCGUCGCCUACCGCAUUCUCCGGAGUAUUAUAAUACCAUACGGAAAGUAAGACGCACGCCCGUACUUGUGCCCGCUGUCAAAUAAAGUUAUAAAAUUCACGAUUGGUUUCUUCCGGGUUAGAUCGUGUUGAGUAUACAGUAAAACAUUGGAUUGCGAGUAACUUGGUCUGCGAGUGUUUUGCAAGACGGGCAAAAUUUUUAAGUAAAUAUUCAUUUGAUAAACGAGCGAGGGUCUUGCAAUACGAGUAGUACGUAUACGCUUUGUACUGCCGAGUGUCACGUGAUCACAACUGAUAUACAACGAGUGCUUUGGAUUACAAACACGUUUCCGGAACGAAUUAUGCUCGCAAUCCAAGGUUUUACUGUAAUGUUAGCGAGAGCUAUGCACCAUCCAACACUCAACAAAAGCCAAAUAAUGCAUCCCUUGUCACGCGGCAAUAUGAUCCGAAUGUUUUACAGUACCCUUGAAAAUCCCCAGCAGGAUUUGACAAGUUUGUACAAAGGUUCCCCUGGAGCUAACAACAGGAAUCGCCACUCUAGACAAAGCACGUACAUGUUCUGUCCUCUGCCGGUCUUGCGAGAUAUUCUUCCUAUGAUAUGUCCUGAGUUUUUGGACCUCAAGAGGUGGCAACCCCUUGAUGUCACACGGAUAUUGUCUGAAAGACCCUUGAAAGUCAUAAAUGUGCCACUUAGGAAUAAUUCAAAGCCCAGGGGACAGCCCAGGUGUUUCGAUGAGAGCUGUCUGCUUCGGGGUUCGUCUCGAGCGUGAGCCAAAGUUCAGGUGUCCCAAGUUAUUUCUCGAAGCUGAAGGGUGACUUGUUUGCUCGUACACCUGUGUAGGUGUGUGUAAGUGAUAUUAUCUCAUGCGUGUUUACAUACAGAAAGAGUAGUGUUGUUAUCGUUCAGUUAAGUGAAUAAAAACGCGUAAACGCUUU